GUGAGGUUUCCCGGAAACAGGAAGCUAGUGUCAGUAGCCGUUUAAAAGCUAAGAGGCUAAUCUCAAAGAGCUAUCUUCUUAGCCGUUGUUUGAAAAUUGCAUUGCCUUGAGCUGUACAAAGGAGUCCGCAUCGAUUUAACAUUGGAAAGAUAAUGGCCUCGGACUGGUUGGGUAGUUUGGUGUCUCUUAACUGUGGACCAACGCUGGGAGUUUAUCAAGGAGAAGUGUCAUCUGUGGACCAGUCCAGCCAGACCAUCUCCUUACGACAACCUUUCCACAAUGGGGUCAAAUGUCCCGUUCCUGAGGUCACAUUCAGUGCCAUUGAUAUACAAGAACUAAAAAUUUUGGACAUCAGAAACUUUCAUGCCAGGGCAGCUUCCAGUGCUGCUGCAAAGGGAAACGCUGUCCCAGUUGCCGUUCCAAAGGGGGAUCCCAGAUCUGUGGAGAAGCUGAACUCUCCACAGCAGUGCUCUAAAAGUUAUGGAGAACGUCACCUGGAUGCUCUGGGUCAACCUAAAGGCUUUCGUCGAAGACAUAACUCCUGGUCGUCCACCAGUCGAGGGGCAAACCAAGCGACGCCGAAAAAGAAUGGAGUGAAAAACGGGCAGAUGAAAAACAGAGACGACGAGUGCUUCGGCGACGGCAUGGAUGACGGGCUGGAUACGGAUUUUGAUUUUGAAGGAAACCUGGCACUGUUCGACAAAGCUGCAGUUUUCUCAGAGAUUGACACCACAGAGCGACGUAACGGCGCGAGGUCGCGUGGCACGCCUCAGGAUCAGACGCCCACACGGUACCGCCACGACGAGAACAUCCUGGAGGUCAAACCGAUUGUUUAUAGACAGAUUGUUGUACCACAGCCUGGGCACAAAGAGUACUGCACUGACUCUGGACUUGUUGUUCCGAGUAUUUCUUAUGAGCUCCACAAGCGUCUGUUGUCUGCUGCCGAGCGCUACGGCCUGACGCUGGAGCGGAGACUGGAGAUGACUGGAGUGUGUGCCAGCCAGAUGACACUCACGUUGUUAGGAGGGCCCAACAGAUUUACACCCAAAAACCUCCAUCAGCGGCCCACGGUGGCGCUGCUGUGUGGGCCUCAUGUUCAGGGAGCGCAGGGCAUCAGCUGCGGCCGCCACCUGGCCAACCACGAAGUGGAGGUCAUUCUGUUUCUGCCCAACUUCGUCAAGAUGCUCGACGCCGUGACAAGCGAGCUGACGCUUUUCAACAAGACCGGCGGCAAACAGGUGUCCAGCAUCAAAGAUCUCCCAGACACCCCAGUGGAUCUAAUCAUAAACUGUCUGGACUGCCAUGAGAACACAUUCCUGAUGGACCAGCCUUGGUACCGGGCGGCUGCGGACUGGGCCAACCAGAACAGAGCGCCGGUGCUCAGCCUGGACCCCCCUGUAAGCGGGCAGGGCCAUGCAGUCGAGGCCAAGUGGUCGCUGUCGCUCUGCCUGCCCCUUCCUCUGGCCGAAGGCGCCGGCAGAGUUUACCUGUGCGACAUCGGUGUUCCUCUGCAGGUGUUCCAGGAAGUGGGAAUCAAGUACCACUCUCCGUUCGGUUGUAAAUUCGUCAUCCCCCUGCACUCCGCUUAACGAGACUGAUUGAUUAAACCAUUCACCUUCCUUGACCAUUUAGGUUUUGGCGCCUUAUAUUCCAUGAGUUUCAUCUCUAAGUCAUUGUUUGAACUGUUUCCUCACGCUCAAGGACCACUGAUGCAUACUUCGUUUUGUUUUUUUACAAAUGUGGAAGCUUUCAAGUCUUUAUUGGUCAUCUUGGUGAUUAAGCUAUGGGAUUGUAACGCAGCUUAAAGAAGGACAAUCACUUAACUUUGAACAGUUUGGUCUAAAUCCAUUGUACAAUACACUUAAUUUUCACUGCGGAAACCCAACUGGCUCCAAACUUAGACUUUCGGUGCUCAGUUUGUGUUUUCAGGUUUACAUGACGUUAAUCUGCAGCAGGGAGUCUCUGCAGGAAGCCUCCUUUGUCUUUCGAUGUGCUGAUUUAUAUUCUUUUUUUUUCAUACCUUUUGACGGCACAGAUAGAAAACGCACUGAAUGCUUUUGAGCCAUGAAAGCAGGGAGUUUGUAGAUGUAACUUCAGUAGCGUUUUGAGCAGAUUAGCUAAGAGAGCAGAAUUCAAUUAAAGUUACUGUUUUAUACGCCACUCUGCAUGCACCAGUAUUAGAAUCGGGUCCUCGGUUUAUAAAAAUCUAAUUUGGCAUAUUCGUAGCUCAAAUACGAGCCGAGGUGAUUUUGUAUUUUUGUACUCAUUCCUGUGAUUGGGCCGGCUGCCCGGUUGAUAAACAGUCGUUAGAUUUAGGUUCUGGUAAAGUGGAGCAGCACAAAAAAACCCUGCUGCUCAAGUGGGGAGAAAUACUUUGUCAACCAAUGUUUUGAAAGAAGAUUAUAAUGGCGUGUUUGAAAGUUUCUGCAUAAAAUAAGGUCCAGAAAGAGCAGGCUCUAAAAUACAACAAGGUUAAUAUUUCUGAUUCAUGGAAAAUAUCUGACACUGACAUUUAGCAAAAAAUGCACAUUUUUAUUUGGCCACGAUUCGAUUAUUUCUGCUCUGAGCUGUGACGUCCUGUACAGAGUAGCUUUUGUGAACCAAUAACAGCAAUUCCCAAAAAACAAAAAAAAAAAUUGGUAAGUGAUAUAUACCAGAAAAUAUUUAGAAAAAACAUCAUGAAACUGUGAACAAGAGCUGCUGUUGUGCCAUCUUCUGAGGGCGACACAUCUUUCCAUGUACUGCUUGACAAUGAAAACUUAUUCUUUUUUUUAAUUUAUGUAUCAUUUUCAUUUGUAAUGAGUCCAGAAAUAAAGUUACUACCUUGUUGUUAGCAUUAUUUAACACUCUCACUAUCAGGUUUUUAAAGAUCUGGGUAAAGUUGAGAUUACUAAUCCUAGUACUUUAUUAUUUUUUUUAUUAUUUAAAGAUAAAAUUUCCAACAUCUCAGAAGCAGCUUUCACAGGAUUGAUGUACGUGUUCGAUGACGGCUACAGCCAUGCACAAUAGUUCUCUUUUUCUCCAACAUUCCUCUUGCCUGAUGUGUAAUUAUUUCACAUCUGUUGAGACAAGCCUGGCUUGGAAAGUGAAGCCAGCGUUGCUGAAUGUGACGGUUGUUUAUUGGCCAGCAGGAGGCGAUAAAAGGAAACAUUUCCACGCUUCCUCUUUUAAAACCCCGCAGCUUUUGGAUGAUUAUGACGACUGAUAGCCUUUUUUUGUUUUGUUUUUUUUUUCCACAGAGAAAUGGGAACUGAGUUUUAUUUUCUCCGUUCAGAAGAAGCCGCAUUAGAAAAUGUCAGUGGUGGCUGAGUUGCGUUGGUUCUGCACAGGAGGCUGCUGUGAAAUGAAAACUUCAUUGUCACUGAUCGUCUUGUGCAGAAACUUUGCAUUUUUCAUGUCCAAUAAAAACCGAUAACCACUCA